AGAGGUCUCUAGAGAUUGCCAGAAAACAGAAGCCCUUUCUCCUCUCUCUUAGCGUGGCUUCUUCUUCAACAAUUCUCUCUGUAUUUCCUUCUCUUCUUUAUAAAAACCCUUCCGAUUCGUAUACUCUUCAGUGAAGUUCGUGGGAAGGGAAUCAGAUUUUUAAGCGCGGGUUCUGUUUUCUGAGGUGGGAAAAGGAAGUUCCGUGGAGGAUUUACAAUUGAAAUUUGGGAGAGGAGUUUUUUUUUUUGUUCUUUGAUCGGAGAUGAAGAUGAAGAGGAAAGAUCUCGAUCAAUUUAACGAUGAGUUCUCGGAUUUCUCCCUCUCGUCGCCUGCCUGGAAGAUUCGCCGUCUGGAUGUUGGUUUACCGCCUAUUAUAGAAGAAGAGCCGCCGGAAAUUUCUGGUUUAAACGAAGAACGAAUGAUGCCUGUAAAUUAUGUAGCAGGAGGGAACGGUCUGAGGAUUGAGGAAUUGCCGGACGCUUCUUCUGUUGCUGCUGCUUCAGCUUGUGCUAUGGAAGAUCGCCCUCUCUGCGAUAACCAAGAGAGGGCUAUUGUUCUGUUUAAGCCUGUUAACACGUCGUUCUUGCAGUCUUCUCCUCUUUCAGUCUCUGUUGAUUCCGACAUUAUAUCUGGCUUCAAGAGCGAUAUUCUUCGUGAAAACCGUUAUGAUGGGCGGCUGAAAUUUGGUGAGGACGACGACGAAAUGGGGACGGAGAACAAAAAUCUUGCUGUUGUUCCUUGGGUUCCGCGGCUGCAGGUUCCUGCUUCCACGAACAUGCUUGUCCAACAAGAGGAGGCUCCUCAGUUAAUGGAAGCUGAAGAAGUUGGAGAAGCGACAAUGGACAUUGAAGAUGACAACUUAAGCAGUCAACAACACCCUUAUGGCUAUGGAGGAAUGGAUGGAGCUAAUGCCAUUCAUCAAUGGCACCAACAGCACUGCAUGAUUCCGCAGCUGCCACAACAAACGUCCUCGCCCAUAACAUGGUUUCGAUGAUGGUAUGGUAUAUACAUAGGGAAAAAUUACGAUCUUUUGAUCUCAUGGGGUGCUAGAUAGUAGGAUAAUUUGCAGCAAAUUUGACCUGAAGAACAUAUGGGUAUAAAUAUAAUGCCCUUGCUCUAUUGUUCAUCACCUUGUGGCAGCUUUUUCUUGGGAAGUGAUGAUGCUUUUGCACGCAUACGAGGAGUUGCCUUGUUGAGAAUUAUGAGCUCGUGUACAAAUUUUUUCCCCACCUUCAGAACUUCUUGACUGGAAUCUGAUGAAUUAGAGUUAUUCUACUUGAUCUAUGAGUAUGGUAUCCAAAUUUUGAUGA